GUAUAAAUGGGCUUAACCCUCUCUGUGGGGUCAAUGGAAUCCAUCGACCAUCACCCAAAAACUGAACCCUCUUUCUCUCUCCCCCUGAAACCCUAACAUUGCCAUUCCCUCCCCUUCAAAAACCCUAACUACUCAUGAGCUCCGAAGUGGUCCUCCACAGAUUCCCCCAAUCCGACCCUAAAUCUAAUACGGGGCCACUCACCACCGUGGACUCCGACUCUAAUGUCCAACUUUCCCAUCCUCGAAAAUCUACUGCCCUAUCUUCCUCACGCUCCACCAAAGACCGUCACACCAAGGUCAAUGGUCGGGGCCGCCGUGUCCGCAUGCCGCCUCUCUGUGCCGCCCGAAUAUUCCAACUGACCCGAGAACUUGGUCACCGUUCAGAUGGCGAGACCAUAGAGUGGCUGCUGCGUCAGGCCGAGCCAUCUAUUAUAGCUGCCACCGGCACCGGAACGGUCCCCGCAGAACCGGUGUCCACCAGCAAUGCUGCUAUAUCGUCGUCGGCAGCUUCUGUUCCUUGCCGAGUCCACCCCGUGUCUGCGGGUGGCAGUGGGCAGGGUAUGUUUGCAAUGGCUUUGCCGCCGCCGCCGCCGCAGCCCAGCUGUAGAUUAGACUUGUGCCAGCCAAUCGGAAUGGAGUAUGCCGUGGCGGCGGCUAAUGGGUACAGGAAUAUGCCGUUCACGGCUUUGUUGUUGCAACCCUCAACGGAGGAGACGGAGGAAACGCAGCAAGAUGAGACUAUCGGAGAAUAAUAGCCUCUCGCGGAAUUUAAGCGAAGAGGUUAAGCUUGUACUGUUCCCAGCUUAGUGAAUGUGUUUCUAAACCUGAGCUUGUUUCUAAAUCGUGAAUGUCUGUCUCUGCUCUUUUUUUUUUUUUU